CUGUUUUCUAAAGUGGGCUAUAUAAAUUGCUGAUGGUUACCCACAGAAGCCAGAGUUCAACUCAGUACUCAUCAACAAAGAACUAAUCAAAAUAAUCAACAAAAUGCGUGCCUUCAUUGUUUUAUGUUUGGUAGCUGUGGCUUGUGCCGAUAAAUUAGGCUAUAACUACCAACCCGUGGGUCACUCCAGCAGUGGAUUGUCUUUCACCCCUGGUGCCGUGGGAGGUGGUAGCGGUAGUUUCAGCGCUCCAUCCUACUCUGCUCCCGCUGCUAGCGGUAGUUUCAGUGCUCCAUCUUACUCCGCUCCCGCUGGUAGCGGUAGUUUUGAUGCUCCUGCCUACUCUGCCCCCGCUGCUGAACUGGAAAAGGAAUUCUACACAUUCUCCGCCCCCGAAGGUGAAUUCGAAGAUCCCAAUGCCGCUCAACGUGUUGCCGGUAGCUUGAAACAAGGUCUUCGUGUUAUCUUCAUUAAGGGACCCGAAAACAGCGGUUUGGAAGAUGCUGCCUUGGCUUUGGCCAAACAAGCUGCCCAACAGAAGACCGCCAUCUAUGUCCUCAACAAACAAGCCGAUCUCGGUGAUUUGGCCAACAAACUUAACAACCUUAGUGCCAACAACAGCCCGAAACCCGAAGUUCACUUUGUCAAAUACCGUACCCCUGAAGAUGCUGCCAAUGCCCAACGUGCCAUCCAAAGUCAAUACGAUUCCUUGGGCGGUAAAUCACAAAACUUCAAUGGUGGUGUUGCUCCCGUUCUUAACUUUGCUUCUCAGUCAGCUCUGCCUGCUGCCACAGCUCAAGUACCCCAGAAUGCCUAUUUGCCCUCGUCCGUUUUCCGUCGCCGCAUUUAAACAAUGAUUUGUAGUUUGUCUAGAGAGGCAAAUUUGGUUUGAAAAUUGUUACGGUCUCAAAUUUAAUUGUUAAAUUUUUGUUGACUACUUACUGAGUAUUUUAUAUA